GGAACGUGAUGACAUUGAGGAGUUGCUCUUAAUACUUUAUAAACCUCCCCCAUUUGGCGGCCCGGCACUGUGCAAAAGACGACUGUUAACUCUCAAUAGGCAAUAACAAGCGCUGGUAAACUCGACCGUUUCCGCGAUUUCAGUAAAACCAUGAGUGAGAGACAAGGAUCUGGAGCAGCGGGGGGCAACAGCAAAACAGCUGGAGUACAAGACGCCUCCAAGAAGGACGUUCCGGAGGAUUUCGACAUCGACAUGGGCGCCCCCGAGACUGAGAAGGCGGCGGUGGCCAUCCAGUCUCAGUUCAGAAAGUUCCAGAAGAAGAAGACUGACGAAAAGUCCUAGGGCUGUGGGGGGGUCCCAGCCUGCUUCCCACAGCGGAUGGGGGGCGUCUUUUGUUGCAUGUCAAAGAAAUCAUACUGUACGGACUCAAAUGGGGGGGGGGAGGGGGGGAGGGGGGGUGCAAUACCCUGUCAUUCACUGACCUGUCUGUGAAAUUCUAUAUGUAACCCAUUAUUUGACUGCUGUAACAAUAAAUUAUGAUGUUCUGAAUA